GGACCAGGCUGUCGGCUUCUUACUUUGAUGUCCGCACUUAAACCCUGAGCCCAGUACAUAUUGGAAUAGCCUACAGGAGAUGUGCUGUGCGGCAUGGCUGCGUGAAACACUUGAGGAAAAACGCGGGGGGAACCGCUUUUACAUUUCCUUUCUGCGACUAUAACAAAAGAAGCAGGUCGGGAAACGAGAGGAGCGCCGCUGUGUGUGGAUGAUACUGUGGACUAUUUUUUUGACUCGUGGAAAAACGCUGGAGUUUUUGGGGGGUACAGAACUCAUGGGUCGAUGAGAGAAGCCGGACAGAGGUGCUCUUCCGCUAACUUCAAGCGAGAGUUCGAGGGAGAUUAGAGCCGCGCUCAGGAGCCACAAGCCGUGCAGCCAUGAACGGGGCGCUUUCGGAGCCCGUGGCCACGAGCUUCCGAGAAGAUGCUCCCCGUCCGCCCGUGCCGGGCCAAGAGGGCGAGGCCAAAUGCCGCAAACUGCCGAGCAAAAUGACGGCGCUGAGAGUCAAGGAGACGGCGAAGUCGACGCGCAGGGACGAGGAAGGCCUGGGAGAGCCAGAGGGCAGCGCCUCACCGGACUCGCCGCUCGCGCGCUGGACCAAGUCUCUGCACUCGCUGCUAGGCGACCAGGACGGCGCGCGUCUUUUCCGUGCUUUUCUGGAGCGCGAGCGGUGUGCCGAUGCGCUCGACUUUUGGUUUGCGUGUAACGGCUUCCGCCAAAUGGACCUCAAGGACGGCAAGACGCUGCGCGUGGCCAAGGCCAUUUACAAGCGCUACGUGGAAGCCGACGGCGUCGUCGGCAGGCGCCUCAAGCCGGCCACCAAGACUUUUAUUCGGGACAACGUGAAGCGACAGCAGAUCGACUCGGCCAUGUUCGACCAGGCGCAGACUGAGAUCCAGACCAGCAUGGAGGACAACGCGUACCAGACGUUCUUACAGUCCGAUAUAUACCUCGAGUACGUGCGCAGUGGCGGUGAAAACCCCACACACACCAACCCCGGUGCACUCGGGAGUCUAAAACUCGUCUGUGGCUACUUGCCCACUCUAAACGAAGAGGAGGAAUGGAGUUGUAAUGACUUUAAAGCCAAAGCGCUGGCUGUGGUCGGACUCUCGGCUAAAGCGCUGCGGUCUGCUCCUUCUCUGAGGACUGUAGACGUGCUGGAGAAAAACUACAGGUCGUAUAGGCGCUGCGAUCCUGCCAACCCGUACCAUGUGGCCUCUGGUUGCAGCUUCGCCCCCGCCACUAGUGCCAACGACAGCGAGAUCUCCAGCGACGCCAUGACAGAUGACUCCUUGUCAAUGACUGACAGCAGUGUUGAUGGGAUCCCGCCGUACAAACUGGGCAGCAAGAAGCAGCUUCAGAGAGAGAUGCACCGGAACAUGAGAAUGAAUGGACAGGUCUCACUGCCUGCCUUUCCUAGACCACGGCGGCCACCAAAGGACAUGACCCCGGUGGAGCCAGCAGCAUUCGCCGCUCAGCUCAUUGCCAGACUUGAAAGACUGAAGAGAGAACAAGAGACUAUGAGCUCACUGGAAGAGAGACUGCAGCAGAUCCAGGAGGAAGAAGAGCGUGAGGAGUCGGAUCUCUCUUCUUCCUCACAACGCCGCUCUAGUGAGGAUGACCCGCAGGCCAUCCUAGAUGAGCACCUUUCGCGCGUUCUCAGGACACCUGGUUGUCAGUCGCCCGGAGUGGCACGCCACUCGCCCCGCUCUUGCUCACCUGAACCCCGGCCUAUGACCAGGCCUGUGGGUGGCACUGUGCCUAUGCCUGCCUACCCAUCCGGACGAACGUUUGUCUCCAAGCACGUCCAUCACCACUACAUCCAUCACCAUUCAGUGCCCAAGAGCAAGGAACAGAUUGAGGCUGAGGCAGCACGGCGGGUGCAGGGCAUGUGUCCGGCCAUACCUGAUUCCCGCCCGUCGCCAUAUGCACGCAGCCGCAGCCUGGGCCCUGAGCAUGGAAACAGCAUUGGCGAGGGGAACCAAGGAUGUUCGAGUGCUUUAUCCAAGCGUCUCUGUAGGUCGGGCGAGGAGGUGAACAGUGAGAGUGCAGAGAGCGCCACCUUACAGCUGCCCACCGACAGCGCUGACCGCUCACAGAACGUCUGGCAGUGGAUCAUGGAGAGCGAUCGCCAGGCCAAGCACAAGCCACACAGCACUCAGAGCACAAGGAAGCUCUAUGGCUCCGAGUCAGCACGCACCCACACUUGGGGUGGUGCAGGCAUUUCCGGGCACCUCCGCACCCAUCAGCCUGCUCAUCCAUUCAUCCAGGACCCAGCCAUGCCCCCUCUACCUCCACCUAACACCCUGGCACAGCUGGAGGAAGCGUGCCGCCGUCUGGAAGAGGUUUCCAAACCCCCCAAACAGAGGCAUUCAACACCGGGCCUUCAAAGAGAAAAGAGCCAUGCGGUACCUGUUCAGACCGGAGCUGCAUCACUCCAGAGCCAGGCUCUUCAAGCAGAGCACCCAAAAGAGCCAAAGAAGCCUCCUGGCAGCCAUGGGAAUGAAACUGUGGUCACAUACUUCUUCUGUGGUGAGGAGAUCCCCUACCGGCGCAUGAUGAAGACACACAGCCUCACCCUGGGCAACUUCAAAGAGCAGCUCCGCAAGAAAGGCAACUACAGGUACUACUUCAAGAAGGCCAGCGACGAGUUUGAGUGUGGAGCCGUGUUUGAGGAAGUUUGGGACGAUGGCACCGUUCUUCCCAUGUAUGAGGGCAAAAUCCUGGGAAAAGUGGAACGAACAGACUAAAAACAAAACGAAGAAGAAAAAACGUCCUCAUGUGAACAAUCCUCUAACUUGCCACACAAGGCCAACAAGCGAAGAAACGGACUUCUGCACAUAUACCUGUAUUUUCAAAGAUAAAGAAAUUUUAAUAUAUCCACAAAGACUCUUUUUGUUUUGUUUUGGCUCAUCAAGCUAUUGAAGGAAUACUAGCCAAUGAAGUAGACCAACUGGUGGAGGACUCCAGCAAAGCAGCCUGGGAGAUCAGGCACCUUAACUAUCAAUUGGAACAGUCAAGGGACACUAUGAGAAUACCACUGUCUGAAGAUGCGGGUGACUGUAUGUGGUUUUUGAAUUGUUUUUAAAAAGAAUAUAUUUUUGAGGGAUCGCUACAGAGCCGGACUGCUGACCAAGGUUUAGUUGUGUUAAUUGCAGGUGUUUGUGUGUGUGUGUGUGUGUGUGUGUGUGUGUGUGUGUGUGUGUGUGUAAAAACAGAGGUAUCUGCACGUUAUAUUGUGCUUUUGUAAUAAGUAAAAUAAUAUUAAUAUUUAUUAAACUGUCAUUUCCCUCCUGCCCCAUGUCCAGCUUAAUGGACAAGCUGCUUAGUUGAAUUGGGAGAUUUUUUUUCCCCAAUGUAACACAUGCAUGGUCAUAAUGCUAGAGUCCCCCCUUAUAAAUAAAUGCUAGGAGUCUCUGAUGAUGCUUUCCAAUGAGGAGAUGACUUCCGUGCUGGGACCACCCAGUUUUCUCAACCCUCUCUGCUGAUUUGAUAUUUGCUCUGCUCAUCAUGCGUCCAGGGCUCCGUCCCAUUUUGCAUCAUAGUGCCUUUGAUUUUUUUUUAACCUAGGAAUUGCACAGGAUCAUACCACCUUAUCAAGGAGCCUUGAGAAUUAUCGUAAAAAACAACAACAACAAAACAUGCAUCCUAAUAUUAUAAUACAGCAGUGCUGAUGUCUUAAUCCCACUGAACAAAAGAACGUGGCCUUUCUUCAUUUCAGUGCCAUUUAAAUAGAAAGAAGCAGGCUGUUGAGACGUUAGGUGUACCCAGUAUGGAAGUUCCCUUCACAGCACCGAGAGUAUAUUGAGAACUUCAGAACUCCUGGACAGGGUGUAGUUGUGCAUUGGCAUCAGCAGAGGAGUAUAGACUAAUGUCAGUGUUUUAGACUGCAGUACCUGUGCCUACAUGGAUACCAUGCCAUGUGCUGCCCUGCUUCAGGGUGUGAUAUUCCCUUGCUUUUCUAAAGGGGUUUAUGUUGCAAAGAUUUUUUUUUAAUGCUUUGAAUAUCUUGUUAUCUAUUCUGUUUUUUUUUUUUUUUGUUAUUGUUGUUGUUGUUGUUGUUUUGUUCCACAUAAAUGUAAAUUAUGCAUUAUAUAGAGCAUCAUUUUAAAGAUGGCUUGGUACUUUAAUUAUUGUAAUUAUGAAGAGAUGUAGCCUUUAUUAAAUGUUUAUAUUUUUCAAAUGA